AGCGAACAACGUUUAUAUUUCGAUAUCCGUCGUGCUCGGAUUUCCUCCGACUUCACUGGUAGAUCAUGCUGUUCGCUUUCAAAUAAAAUUUAUAACUAUUUUAGAAAUGAAGUUGUCGUUGGUUUUUUCGUGGGCAGCAAGUGCCCUUGCCUCUUCCCCUCUCAGUCGAAGCGCUGCGAAGCUAUCUCCAGUCACUCGCAACGGGAGUAGUCUUUUAGUUGAUGGGAAGGUUUGGAAAAUGGUCGGACCUAACGUCUACUGGCUAGGCCUCGACGAGAAUGUCACGCCGCCGGCUGGGGAGCCAUUCUACGCUCCCACUAAGGCUAGCUACCCUACCAAGGAACGGAUUACAGAGGUGAUGGCAACCGUACAAGCUCUUGGCGGCACGAUGAUCCGGGGGCAUACCUUGGGUAUUAGUACCGGAAACCCCCUGAGUGUUGUACCCGAGCCUGGAGUGGUUAACGAAAGAGCCUUCGAUCCCAUCGACUGGGCGGUCUACCAAGCAGGUGUAUAUGGCAUCAGAUUAUUAGUGCCAUUGGUGGAUAACUAUGACUAUUACCACGGAGGGAAAUACAACUUCCUCCGUUGGGCGGGUUUUGACCUGAACCAAAGACGGGACGAGAAGAACCCCCUAGUUCAGCAAUUCUACACCAACGCCACUAUCGUCGCCACGUUCAAAGACUACAUCAAGACGAUAAUCACUCACAGGAAUCGGUACAACAACCUUACCUUUGCCGAAGACCCUACGAUCUUCGCGUACGAGACAGGGAACGAGCUCCUCGGGCCCGUGUGGGGUGACAUGAACUCGCCUGCAGACUGGGUCCGGGACAUCGCGAAGUAUGUCAAAAGCCUCGCUCCGCAGAAACUGGUAGUCGACGGGACCUACGGCAUCAACAAAACACACCUCGGCAUCGAAGAAGUAGACAUCUUCUCCGACCACAUGUACCCCGUCGACACAGCCAAGCUCCAAACGGACAUUAAACUCGUCGAAGCCGCCGGACGGCCCUUCUUCGCCGGCGAGUACGACUGGGUAGGCGGCAGCGCCGCGAACCUGCAGUCCAUGUUUAAGAUCCUCGAGGAGAGCCCAGUCGCGGCUGGAGACGCUUUCUGGAGCCAGUUCGGACAUAACGCCCCCGACUGCAAGACUUAUGUCGACCACAGCGACGGCCUCACCCUGCAGUACGGCAACCCGAAGAACACGGCGAACCAGAAUAGCCGCAUCCAGCUGAUACGAAAACACUUCGUCGCCAUGAGCCAGGGCAGAGAGAUCCCGUCGGACGAGCCCUUGCCCGCAGUGCCGUGCCCGGCGCCCACGUCGCCGACGUUUCGCUAGGUAACGGUUAGGGUUGAAGCGGAAGCAUCUUUUGUAACAAACAUAAAUAUCAUGGCCGUUCUAGGUAGUGGAACGAUCAGGCAAACUCGUAUAGGGUGGGCACCAAUCUAAGCUGUCAGUCAGCUUGUAAAAUAGAAUUAUGGUAUUCUCAGGCACUUAGUCACU